AUGCCGUCUCAAAAGAUAACAUCCGCCCUCGCGGAGAUAGAAUCUUCUGCAAACUCUCAAAACAAGUUCCAACUCUACAACGACCUCCUCGCCGAAACCGUAUCAACAUCGCCCGAACCCCAGCUCGCCGACGACCUCAUCUACUAUCUCGACUCAGUCCUAAGCGAAGAUCUCAGCAUCGUCGCCGCCCGCCCAAUCCUCGACUCCUUUAUUGAGAUCCUACGGAAACUCACACCUGAGACCCAAAUCAAAGUCGGCCAACACGCCGUGACCCUCCUCCAGUCCCGAUCCACGUCCGUCGAGGAGCAGGACGCCCAGAUUCGCGAGAUCCUAGCUGACGCAUACGAAUCUGAGGAGGAGUACAUUGCGGCGGCGAAGGCGCUUCAGGGGAUUCACAUUGACAGCUCACAGCGGCUGGUUUCCGACUCAGCAAAAGUCAAGCUAUGGAUCCGGAUCGUGCGAUUAUACCUAGAGGAAGACGACACAACUAGUGCGGAGGCAUUCCUCAACCGGAUCAAGAACCUGCCGAGCAAGAUCGAGGACCACGAGUUGAAACUACACUUUCGACUCUCCCAAGCCCGAAUCCAAGAUGCCCGCAGACGCUUUCUAGACGCCAGCCAGGAAUAUUUCGCUGUUAGUCUCGCCCCCGGCGUGGAUGAGAGUGACAGACUCCAAGCCCUUGCGGCCGCCAUUCGCUGCGCCGUUCUCGCACCGGCCGGCCCACAGCGCUCUCGAACUCUAGCAACAUUAUACAAGGAUGAUCGCGCAACCUCCGUUGAAGAGUUCGGCAUUCUAGAGAAGAUGUUCCUCGACCGUCUCCUCACGCCGGAAGAAGUAGCCGCCUUCUCGCAGCGUCUAGCCCCGCACCAGCUCGCACAGACCGCAGAUGGAACAACAGUACUCGACAAAGCCGUCGUAGAGCACAACCUCGUCGCCGCAAGCAAGCUUUAUGAGAACAUCAAGACCGACGCGCUGGGCGCUAUCCUCGGCCUGCAGGCUAGUGGGGAUCUAACUGCGGGUGAGAAGGCCGAGGCGUAUGCGGCGCGGAUGGUCGAACAAGGGCGGUUGAGUGGGAGCAUUGACCAGAUCGACGGCAUUAUCUACUUCGAAUCAAGUACCACUGCUACAGGGCGCCAUAUAAGGCAGUGGGAUGCUGGUGUGCAGGGACUCUCGGAGGGGGUGGAAAGGGUAGCGACUAACAUUGCGGAGGGCCAUCUGGUAUGCUGA